CCCGGGUAGCCAAGGCCACACAGGUGGGGGCUGGCGGCUGUGAAGCGGCCCAGGCCGGGGAGCUGCGUGCUAGGACCGCCUUCCAUCCCCCACAGGGGUGGAGCCUGGCCGAGGUGGAAACCGCCUGCAGCUCUAUCUCCGAGGUUGAGGAGCCGCAAGAGAAAAUGGAGCCGGCCAAGAUGGCGCCUGUCAAGAACGCUCCGAGGGAUGCCUUGGUGAUGGCACAGAUCCUGAAGGAUAUGGGAAUCACAGAGUAUGAGCCAAGGGUUAUAAAUCAAAUGUUGGAAUUUGCUUUCCGAUAUGUGACUACAAUUCUGGACGAUGCGAAGAUUUAUUCAAGUCAUGCUAAGAAACCCACUGUUGAUGCAGAUGACGUGAGACUGGCCAUCCAGUGUCGGGCUGACCAGUCUUUUACCUCUCCUCCCCCAAGAGAUUUUUUACUAGAUAUUGCAAGGCAGAAGAAUCAAACCCCUUUGCCACUGAUUAAGCCAUAUGCAGGACCCAGAUUGCCACCUGAUAGAUACUGCUUAACAGCUCCAAACUAUAGGCUGAAGUCCUUAGUUAAAAAGGGACCUAACCAAGGAAGACUAGUUCCCAGAUUAAGUGCGGUCAGUAGCAGACCUACUACUCCUACUGUAGCACCCCCACAAGCCGUAUCUGUCCCAAAUAAGGUUGCAACUCCAGUGUCAGUGACAAGCCAAAGAUUUGCCGUGCAGAUUCCACCUUCUCAGUCCACACCUGCCAAACCAGCUCCUGCAGCAACUGCAGUCCAAAAUGUUCUGAUUAAUCCUUCAAUGAUUGGGCCCAAAAAUAUUCUCAUUACCACCAGCAUGGUUUCCUCACAGAACACAGCCACCGACUCAAACCCACUGAAGAGGAAGCAUGAUGAUGAUGAUGACAAUGACACUGUGUAAGGAAUAAUGUCUGUUCUGCAUACAUU